UCGGACCUGGUGUCUGUCAAACAGCGCACGGGAAGCAGGGUCCCCUUCCCAGCCUGGGGGCCGUGGGGCUGGCACACGCUGAGCCUGCUCGGGCUGGGGUGGGAGGUCCCGCGGCUGAGGCGGGCGCCGCUGCUACCGUAGCUGGUUUUGUGCACGGUGACAGGUGAAUUGUGCGUGCUCGGGGAGGACUCCGCUCUCCAGCAGCAGCUGGAAGAGAGCAGAGGCAAUAGGCCUGUGCAUGCCUCCAGGGUGGUGGAGAGCCUUAGGAAAGAGCCAGCUUUCAGAAAUGCCUGUUAUGAUGUAUGUUACAAUAUUUAGUAGUGCCACACAACUUGCCUGAGGAGUGUGUGAUAGAUUUUAGUCCUUUUAAAAAAAAAAAAAAAAGUGGCAUAAAUUGUGCAGAUCACCUUAAGGUGACACAAAGGAGGCCGUGAUGAAAAUGGAUUAGGUAACCCAGGUAGCUGUUGUUUGGCCUUUGGUACAAGUUCCAUUUCAAAUUACAACAUUAGUCAUGGGCUGAUGGGCAAGCAGUUGGUAGUUUGAGACUACCAACAUGCUGCUGUCAUUCAUGAUGUGUGCAGGGACUGUCCUGCCCAGGAGCCUCUAUCCAAGCAGCCUGAGCUGCAAAGCAAAAGGCUGUGCACUGAGUUUCAAUGUUGUUUUAAUCUUCUGCACUUUGUCGCAUCAUUCAUGUGAAGACAGCAGCCUUCUGUGAAGUAUGGGUGUUUUUUCCAGAUAACAGGUUACUUGCAGGCCAGGAGUCAAGCCUGCCAUGCAUUGUGUCCUGAUCUUUGGUUAGUGUUUGUGUAUGUGUUUGCAAUCCCAUUUUUUUUCUCAUGCAAAAAUGGCAUCUGGCAGAUCUAAGAGUUAUGUGACUGUUUCUGGGGUAAGUAGCCCAGGGAGGGAUGGACAGAGGAAUGGAUGGAGAGAGAGGUUUGGAGGAUCUUGUGCUCCUAAGAAAGUGUAGAAUUGCAAUAAGAGAGAGAAGGAGUAACCUGAAAAAUACCUUCAGGUUUCAUUGUGAGAAAACAGACCAAACCAUCAACAGCUUUCUUGUUUUUUCUGCUUGUAAAGAAAAAAUAUUUUAGGCAAGAAGAAGUAAAAGACACAUUUGGAAAUUGAAGGAAACAAAGGGAGAAAAACCAGAAGCUAGUACAUGUAUUCACUAGAAAAUAAGUAACAGGAGAGGCAACAGAAAUGCAGUAAGAUUGGAGAUGUAACAGGAAGUGCAAUUACCCUAUGUAAAAACCUAUGUGAAAACAAUAAAAAUAUUAAAGAAGCUAGAGAAAGGGAAACAACAUAAACAUGUUAUUUUACAAACAUUACAGCAUUUAAGUAAACAUAAUGGUUGAGUUAUUCCUGUAUAUAAUUUAGAACGGUCCUGCUUCUUGAGAUAGGUUAUGAGCUGCUGACACAAGUGUAGUUUUGUUUAGGAUGCUAGACUUGAGUAACAGUGCCAGCCGUUGUAAUUAGGUUAUGACAGAUCCUCUGAGAAGACUUUCACGUUGAUGAGUAUGGUUGAAGAUUUGCUGUGUGCAUAAAAAAUGGUAGACAAAACUGCUUAAUACUUUCCUCUCGGCUUCAACGUAUUGAAGGUUAAUAGUGACAGUUGUUAUGGGUGCGACUGUGAUUCUGUCCCCUUCCUGGUCUCAGAGUCCAAUCUUCGAGGUAAGUGUACUGCUCAUAGAUGUCUUUGUCUGAAAUAUUGUUCUACCUCUGGAGCACGGGAUCUGGCAGGAGAGUCCUCUGUGUGCUAACUGUAAUUCCCAUGUCAUUUAACACAACUUCUUAGAAAUCCAAUACAUAAGUUACAUAAGAGAAUAUAGAUCAAUAAUCCUUUCUGAAGGGUGUACAUCCAUCACUAUUAUAAAAGUGGGAUGACUAGCAGGGAUGCUCCAACAAAUGUUUGAGGCCAUUUCUACCAUUCUUUAUGUAGAACAAAUAUACUGGGUUAGGCAGGAGGGUCUGGCCCAGACCAUUGGAUAUAUCUCUGAAAAGCUUGCAGCUGACGGUUAGAAAGAGGUUUUCCUUCUGCAGAAUCUUCUCUGCAAGUUUUUGUCAGUCUACUGCCUUGAAGACAGGUUUGAUUGUAUUUUGAAUUUGAACAGUUCUCAUGGUUUUAGCAGAGCUACCUAAAAAGUAAAAAUGUCAUUGCCGUGUUUUGUGUCCUGACAUCUAUUUUGCAUUUCUAUCAUCUGGGUGAGUUGGAAAAUUUUCCAAACUAUUGUGGUGUCUGAGAGCAAAGGUGGUAAGUUUCAGUGCUCUAAAUGGGAGAUGGUGGAUGUUGUGGCAGACUGAAAAAUGAGGAUCUUUGGGACUUGGUGGUUUUCAGCAUGAAUCUUAGGGCAAGUUUUGCACUGGUGCCAUGGUAGGGUGAGAAUAACUUUUGAACUACUUAGCUGGAAAGAGGUCAGUGCUCAGGAAUUCACACUGUAUUACUUGCCCUUCCCAGCCGACAGUUUUUGAUGUUGAAGAAUAACAUGUCUUGGACAUUGCGUGCUCAGUUGGCAGCUAAGGAAUUGCAGCAGAAAAUGGGAGAUGAUAAACAUCAUCUUCAUGGAGGUCACAGCACCUGUAAUUGCCCAAAAGUCAAUUCAUGCAUCUUUUUACCCAAAUGCAGUGUUUUUAGGAGAAGCACUUAAAAAUGAAACCAUAAAAGAAGAGAAAAAAGGACCUCUCAGAAGCCAAACUGAGAAAUACUGCACUAAGAAAAUAAAAAUAACCUGAACACUGCCAAAAAUUAUGAAUCCUUUCCCCCUUCCUCCUCCCCCAGUUGGAGAUAUUCUGUUCUUUUCCUUCUCUCACCCAUUUCACAUACAUCCUUAGGGUCCCAAAUCUGUUUUGAACUGUCUGUCUGCUUGCACAGGCUUUCAGCAUACCCUGAAGACAUUUCACUUCUGUCAGCUGCAGUGAGAAUCCUGCCUGGAAACAUUUGCAUUGCUGGAAGGCAAAAGCUAGUUGGAAAAUUGAUCACCACCUGUAGCAGUAGGAUUGAUGUCGCUGGUGGACAUGCUGAAAUGAUGUCAAAACCAGGCUCAGUUCUGUUAUUGAAGCUUUUUGGGGAAUGAAGAAGGUAGAAUACUGGUAUAUGACUGAGAAACUUACUGCAAAGUUUGCUUAGAAGCAUUAACUAGUAUGUUUUUAGCAUCUUAGCUGGGAAUGAGGGCAUCUCUUAUUCCCUGGCAAUUCGCUCAAGUAGCUGUAUGAAAAAUGCGAUCACAAACCAUGCAGCUGUGAUUCCCAUUGAAGUUGCAUGUGGCUACUUUAGAACUGAGUUUGAUCCUAUUGCUAGUUAUGUGAGUGGUUUUGGGUUUUUGUUCUUACCAGAGGCUACAAGCACAAACCUCACAUGACUAUUGAGAGGAUGUCAUCAUAUGAGAUUUUUGUGUUAGAUCCUCUUUGGUUAAGCUUUCUGAAAUUGUUUUUAUGUAUCCUCAAAAGGAAGCAUUCACUUAUGUUUGAACUUUCCAUUAGCUGAGUUCAUGCCCUCAGGUGUCUUAUCUCCAGCAACAACUGAGACAAUGGUGCUUUAUUUUUGCAAGACAAAUAUUCAAGCCUGAGGAGUGUCAGGUUUUGGUAGGUAGGUAGUGAUGUUUGCUCUUAGUUUUCAUGUGGUUUUUUGUUCUGUUUUGUUUUGGUUUUUAAGUCAUGAAAACUUAAAUUUUGCAGUGGAGCUUUCACAGAUACUUGGUGUCACCCCAGUGCUUCCCUGGGUACGUUGCCCAUCAGAAGUUGGAAAUUCAGCAAAAGAUGUAACUUAAAACUUUACAUUUCUCUUAAUAGCUGGAGACUUAAAUCUUUUUUGCAGUUGGUUUUCUUAUAUUGCACCUUAACUUUUAACCAUAAAAAAAAUAGUUUGUUAGGAUUACAGUUUCUAAAAUCAAGCUAAGAAGUUUUUAGAGUGCUCCAGCAAACUUACAAACUGUGAAGUAGGGCAGACACCAUGUGUUUGUAAUACUGUGCAGUAUCCUUAUCCUCACUCUGCUUGAAUUCAGUCAGUACCUGUGGUUUCUUUGCACAUUAAAUCUGAGAUCUCAAUUGUUUGAGUAACCCUUCCUGCACUCUUGGGGAAGUCCUGUCUUUUAGACUUACUGGCAGGGGUACAGCUACAGGUAGUAGCUGUUGCAAGGAACCCCUUUUUACUAUUUAUGGGGAUGGUGACUAGUAAGAUGGAAAUAAAACAAUCUUUCAGAACCUAUGGUUGAUACUUUGCUGGCAAUAAGAGUGACAAGAUGAAUGUGGGCAGGGUAGGCGAGGACUCUGUGCUAAAUGUCAUGAGCUGACUUGAGAUAACCAAGAAUACCAUUAAUGUUAUAGCUUGUCGUUACAGGUUAAUUUGCUGACUAGGUACCGCAGAGAAGGGAGCUUUCUUCAUUCUCCCUCCCUUUCCUGCAAUGAGUCAUCUCACAAAGUUAAAUCACAAGGAAACAACAACUUUAUAUGGCUCAUGUCUGACAACAUGCACCACCAGUGGCUGCUGCUAGCUGCAUGCUUUUGGGUGAUAUUUAUGUUCAUGGUUGCUAGCAAGUUUAUCACAUUGACUUUUAAAGACCCAGAUGGCUACGGUGCCAAGCAAGAGCCAUUGAUACUGACAGCUGUAACAAAAGUGGAGGAGGUACAUGUGCCAGAAGAAAAACGUUGGCCUGAAGAAUUCCAGCCAACUGGAAAAGCUUUUUCUGGAAAUCUGAUCCGCCAGCCCCUGGUUCAUAUGGAAAGACUUGAGCUUCUCAGGAAUGUCUGCAGAGACACUGCAUUGAGAGAUCUCUCUCACACUGCAGUUUCCAAAUUCGUCUUGGACCGAAUAUUUGUGUGUGACAAGCACAAGAUCCUGUUUUGUCAGACGCCAAAAGUGGGCAACACUCAGUGGAAAAAAGUCUUGAUCGUUUUAAAUGGAGCAUUUUCUUCCAUAGAAGAGAUCCCAGAAAAUAUUGUACAUGAUCAUGAGAAGAAUGGCCUUCCACGCUUGUCCUCCUUCAGUGACUCUGAAAUUAAAAAACGACUGGAUUUAUACUUCAAGUUUUUUAUUGUUAGAGAUCCAUUUGAAAGACUUAUUUCGGCAUUCAAAGACAAGUUUGUGCACAAUCCUCGGUUUGAACCUUGGUACCGGCAUGAAAUUGCUCCUGGCAUCAUUCGUAAAUACAGAAGGAAUCGCACAGAGACCAAAGGGCUGCAGUUUGAGGACUUCGUGCGCUAUCUGGGCGACCCUAAUCACCGAUGGCUGGAUGUUCAGUUUGGUGACCACAUCAUUCAUUGGGUAACGUAUGUGGAACUUUGUGCUCCCUGUGAAAUCACUUAUAGUGUGAUUGGACACCAUGAAACCCUGGAGGACGAUGCUCCAUAUAUCUUGAAAGCAGCUGGCAUAGACCAUCUGGUAUCAUACCCCACAAUUCCACCAGGCAUAACAGUGUACAACAAAACAAAAGUAGAGCGGUAUUUUUCGGGAAUUAGCAAGAGAGACAUAAGACGCCUCUACGCACGGUUUGAAGGUGAUUUUAAACUCUUUGGUUAUCAGGAGCCAGAUUUCUUGCUUAACUGACGCCUGGGAUAAGCUCUGAAGAAGUGUCUCAUGGAUUAAUCUAAACCUGCGUGAAUACCAGCUGCAGCACUGACAGAGCUGAGAAUCACCAUUUGUUUUGUAGCUUUUUGAUGUUGCUCCAUUUUUCAGUGAAACAUUGUCAUAUGAACAAAUAGGGGCUUAUAGUUGUUGUUUACUGACCAUGUUUUCAAUACACGACAUUGCAAUGUGUUACAAAUGAAGUCUCUGUUAUCUGAAAUACAGAAUUCUGUUUCUUCUCUCUUCCCUUCGGGAGGAAAGAUGGAGGAUGAGUGGGCUAUGAUCUUCCUCUCCUUUUCCCAGACAGAAUGCCUGUUUUAAAAUGUUGAGAAGUAUUUAUAAAAAGAUGGCAAUUUCACUGUAGGAUAACUCUGACAUGUGGGUGAACUUGGUGAUUCAUGCUCAUGAGAAAUGCAUGUCGUCUCCCAUGAGUUUUGAAAAUGAGAGGCCAGUACAGGAUGAAAAAAUUGAUUAAAUGCUUGUCAAAUAAAAUCAUCUAGGUUCUGUCAUGUGGCUGCUAUAAUAACAAUAAUGCUGAUCUGAUCCCAUUCUUGUUUGUCACAAAAUGAACCUAAUUAGACAGAAGCUUUAGAUGUGUUAAAAAAGGGAUUGGUUCCAGACCCCUUUGUAUUAUUGUCAAGUGUUUACUGUACUUACUACUGAUCUAUUGAGCUUCAUAAUUCUACUUUAGAUUUUAUUUAAGAUAUUAUUUAACUCCUGGCUAUGUAAGUUAUCUGAGAAGACAGAUGCAAAUGGAACAUAGAAGAAAUAUGAAACAGCUAGGGAAACUUUAAGGAAAAUUAAUUUCAAAUAAAGUAUUAAUUGCAUUUGCGGGAGCACAUAUAGAAAUCAUGAGACGCUCUCACACAAUAUAACUUGUUUUGUCUUCUAACAGUAAAGAUUACUAAAGAAGCCACAAAAUCUGGAUAUCAUAUGAAAGAUCUACUAGAGUUACUUGGACUACCUUUUCCUUAUAUCCAACCUUGCUCUAGGUUCAGUACCUCAGAGAACAGAAAAUGUACUCCCCUUUGAAAAUUCAUCUCCCUGCUGGGGAAGAAGACAGGAUGAAUCCCCAAUUUUUCCAGUGUUUCACUGCCAUGGUGUCCCAACUCAAAAAUGCCCAACAUUUAUGUUACCAAUGGGGUGAGUUGGCUACUUGCCAGGAGUUUGAAUGUCGCUUAAAUCUGUGUACCCAUUGUAUGCAUUAAAAAAAAAAAAGGAAAACCAGAGCUGAAUGGAUGCAGCCAUGAUAUUUGCCUGUGCUUGCAUUGUGUCUCAUAAAGAGCAGUCUCUUGUUUGAGUUCACCAGCAAUAAAGAUCAGUACGCUGCCACCUCAUCCCACAAGCCAUGGGAGAGAGAGACCAUGUAUCUGAAAUACAGGAAAUGCUAAUGGUAGCCAGUGCUAUGGAAUCUACCCUUGGAUCCAGCCACAGUAUGGUUUUGGUAGUUUCCUGAAUCAACACAAGGAAGCAUCUUGCACUUGUGAAAAAGGACAGAUGUGCCAAGCUGACAUGUGUUGCUGCCCACAAAAAGGAAGCCCUGUUGUAGCUGGAAAUGAUUUCAGAAAGAUCUCAACAGACUAAUUUAAAUAAGGGAGAAUCAUUAGCUGGAUAUGGUUAAAAAGAGAGUAAUCCAGGGUGGCAAAGCUGGAAGGUGGAAUUUUUUUCUUUUUUUAAAAAACAACAAUUACAGUGCCCUAAAUUGUUAGUUCUCAACCAAUGAUAAAAAGAUGUUAACUGCUCCAGGUUUUCCUGUGGUUUUCUUAAUAUCGGAGCUUAGCAAAAUGUACUGUUAAAUGCAUUUUGGCGCUAAUGACCUGAUUGAUUACCUCUCUGCCAAUUUAAAAUGUAACAGUGAAUAAUGUAUAGUAAAUUCAGGCCUUAAAGUUUAACUCUAAUAAAGAUAAAGUAGAACUGUUCCUCUGAAAGCAUAAGCUACUGAUCACACAGAA